AUGGAAGACAGUCAAGUGAGAAUUGAUGGUCGGUUAAUAGACAUAGCAGACAAUGCAUGGAGAGAAGAAAAAUUACCAAAAGAUCUUAUAGAAGUUCCUCCAAGUGAAUUGCCGGAUCCUGAGGCCGACAACGGAGAUUCUCAUACUACAGUUAAAGAGCAAGAACAAAAGUGGGCAGACUUGGCUCUAGGAACUUUAAAAAAUUGUUCUUGGCCUCUUUGUAAAGCUUUAGAUUUUCUACCAGUCAUAUGCUCAAGUUGUAACAAAAAAUUCUGUAAAGAACAUUUUAAUUAUAAUUCACACGAUUGUAAUGCAGUAAAUAAAAAUUUUGAUAAUAAUCAGAAACCUGUUAAAUCGUUCAAAUGUUCAAAUGAAAAAUGUGAAACGUACGAUCCAGUUGAAAUGAAUUGCGUUAAAUGUAAACAACACUUUUGUCUGCAACAUAAAUUUCACAAUUGUUUCGAUGUUGUUCUAAAUGUUGAAGAAAAAAAAAAGGAAUGGAAUCAACCCAAAGAACAAUUUUCUAAAUCUCUGGUAGUUGCACAAAAAACUGUCAAUGAAAAAAUUCAAAAAGCAAUGGAUAAUCCCAAAAGGCAGGCUACAGCUAUGAAAAUUCAACUAAUGAAAUUAAAAGCGAAAGCAAUAGGAAUGGCUACAAUUCCAGCAGUGAAAAGAAUUUACUUUUUAAUUAUAUUACCUAAAAGUUUAAAUAAACCAUCGAAACCUGUUUUUGUCAGUAAAAAUUGGAGCGUUGGUAAAGUGAUCGAUUCGGCAUCCACUAUUUGUAAUGUCGUUAAUAAAAACAAUGAAUUCAACGAGCCUAAGUUGAGGCUGUUUAAAACAAACGGACAUCAAAUUUCAUCAGAUGUAAGUUCUAUUAUUUCCGAUUUGAUAGAAAAUAAUUUCAUUGUCGAUGGUGAAACAUUAAUAUUAGAAUAUGUCGAUUCUACUGAAGAUAUAUCAAAUUAUAUUCUCAACGAUUGUUCAUGUUACAGUGCAUACGAUUUCAAAAUUAAUUUUAUUAAAUGA